AUGCUGCACGGAACGGGAACGAUCGUCGGUGGCAACCGAGGCUACCGAGCCCCGGAGAUGACAGCCACCUCCACCACCGACAGCGUCGCACCUCACCAGCGAAUCGCGCUCGGCCACGCGAAAGGUCUUCUGAACGGACCGGGUCAGAACAACUGCUUCCUCAACUGUGCCGUGCAGGUGCUCUGGCAUCUGGAUGCCUUCCGGCGUUCCUUCCGCCAGCUCCAAGGGCACGACUGCGGCGGACUGGAUUGCAUCUUCUGCGCCCUCAAGGAACUGUUUUCCCAGCUGCAGACCAGCUCCGAGCCGGCGCUAUGUCCGGAGCCGCUGCGGCGCGCCCUCGCCAGCGGACCGCUGGCCGGCCGCCGCUUCCCGCUCGGCUGUCUCGGCGACGCGGCCGAGUGCUUCGAGCUGCUGCUGCACCGCAUCCACCAGCACCUGUCGGCGGCGGACGGGGACACGUGCGAGGCGGCCCAGUGCGUCGCGCACCAGCGCUUCGCGAUGCGCGUCGUCGAGCAGAGCGUCUGCGAGUGCGGCGCCAACUCGGAGAAGCUGCCGUUCACGCAGAUGGUUCACUACGUGUCGGCGUCGGCGUUGACAUCGCAGAACACGCUGUCGCUGCAGCAGGGCCUCACGUUCGGGCAGCUGCUGCGCAACGCGGGCAACAUGGGCGACAUCCGCGACUGUCCGAGUGCGUGCGGGGCGAAGAUCGGCAUCCGGCGCACGCUGCUCAACCGACCGGAUGUGGUUUCGAUUGGCGUCGUGUGGGACUCGGAGCGGCCGCCCGCUGACCAGGUGCACGCGGUGCUGAAGGCGAUCGGCACCACGCUCCGCCUGUGCGACGUGUUCCAGCAGGUGUCGGACCAGCGGUGGGCGCAGACGGUCAGCCACGAGCUGGUCGGGGUGGUGUCGUACUACGGCAAGCACUACACCACCUUCUUCUUCCACACGAAGCUGCGCGUGUGGGUGUACUUCGACGACGCGAACGUGAAGGAGGUCGGCCCGAGCUGGGAGGGCGUCGUCGACAAGUGUUCGCGCGGGCGCUAUCAGCCGCUGCUGCUGCUGUACGCGCUGCCCCAACCGCAGCCGCAGCCCCAGUCGCUGACCCAGCAGAUGCACCAGCAGCAAUACAACCUCCAGCAGCAGCAGCAGCAGCAGCAAAAACAGCAGCAGGAGCUGGCAGCGCUGGCCCAGCAUCGGCGGGCCGUCACGCCGAGCCCGGAGAAGGCGUCGAUGGGCUCGAACGUGCGGCGAGCCAUCACACCCACGCCGAACCGAACGCCACCGAUCUGCGACUAUCAGAACCUGUCCGUCAUCCAGAGCAAGAUCUUCCCCGGCAGCGAGGCGCCGGAGAAGGACGGCUACAUCAGCCGCAAGGCGGUCCAGAGCGUGCUCAACGCCCAGUACCAGAACCUGUCCGUCAUCCAGGACAAGAUCUUCCAACCGGGAGCGGGUGGUGUCGGCGUUCACGACCACCACCACCACGAGCACCUGCUACAGCAGCAGCAGCAGCAGCACCGUCUGCUGAAUGGCGCUGGUAAGCCGCCAACAAUGGCGGGCAUGCAUCGUACGCUCAACAACAACUCCGAGCCGCCGACGGUAGCGACGGCAGCGUCAACGACGACGGCGACGGGAGUGGCAACUCCGGCGGCCGUCAGCAUGCCGAACGUGUCACCCUCGCUGUCGUCGAGCGGCACGUCCGCCUCCUCGCCCGACGGCCUCUCCAUACCGGACCACCUGAAUCAGCCGCGGCGGCGCGACUCGGGCAACUGGAGCGGUGACCGCAACUCCGCGUCCUCCUCCUCCUCGACCACGCUCGACAACCCGUACCUGUACCUGGUGGGCAAGCGGCAGAUCGGGGGCAGCGUACCGGCGAGCCCGACGCGCAGCUGCAACGGCACCAACGGGGUCGGCGGCAACGGGGUGGGCGGUGGCGGGACCGGCACCGGAAGUGGCCAGUUCUACGACGCCGGCUACGACUCGUACUCGCUAUCGUCGACCGACUCGUUCCCCUCGAAGCACCCGCAGAGUGGCGGAGGCGGCUGCAACGGCAUGCUGCUCUCGUCAGCCGCCACCACGUCGGCCGCCGUCGCCGCCGCCGCAGCCCACCAGCUCACCAAGAUCCCGGAGUCGGUGGUGCUGUCGGGCGACUGCGAGAAGCUGUGCAUGGAGGCGGAUCAGCUGCUGGAGAAGUCGCGCCUGCUGGAGGACGCGCACGACCUCGAGACGGCACUCGUGCUGUGCAACGCGGCCGCCAGCAAGGCCCGGGCGGCCAUGGAUGCGCCGUACAGCAACCCGCACACCAUGACGUUCGCGCGCAUGAAGCACAACGCGUGCGUGAUGCGGGCCCGCUCGCUCAACCGCCGCAUCCAGAUCGAGAAGGGCGGCGAGAUGAUCAAGGAGCAGCAGCAGCAGCAGCAGCACCAACACCUGCAAACGCUGCAGCAGUACCACGCGCUGGCGGCGGCCACCGGCGGCCUGCUUCACCGACGCCAGAACAGCAAGGACAAGCUGCUGGGUGGGGGUGGUGGUGGCGGAGGAGGCGGAGGGCAUCACCACCUCAGCGGCUCGACGACGGCGGGCACGACGGCGGGUGCGGGCGGCUCGGGUGGCAGCCUGCGUAACUCGCCCUCGAAGAACAUCGAGAUCUACGCCACGCUGCCGAAGAAGAAGAUCACGCUGAAGCUGAUCGAGGCGGAGAACAUCGAGCCGGAGCCGCCGGUCGACCUGAAGCCGCCGGCGGCCGAACGCGAAAGCCGCGGCCUGUUCUCCCGCUCGCAGGACAAGGAGGGCAAGGAGAAGCGCAGCCGCAGCGAGGACCGUAACAAGGCGGCGGCGGCUGCGGCGGCAAUGGCGGCCGCCUCAGGCUCGGCGUACCACGACCCGGGGCUGGUGAACGCCAAGGACACGCUGCGCAAGCACAAGGAGGAGAAGGACGCCAGCGAGCGGAAGGAGAAGGAGGCGAAGUCGGGCAAGAAGCAGCACAAGAUUCGCCGCAAGCUGCUGAUGGGCGGGCUGAUCCGGCGCAAGAACCGCUCGAUGCCGGAUCUCACCGAGGCGGCCAACUCACCCGGAAGCUCGGCCCCGGGCGGGGCGGGUGGUGCGGGCGGCGACGGCCCCGGGGCGGCCUCUGGAGGAGGUGCCGAGGAGAACCGGUUCGGUGGUGGAGUCGGCGGCGUGCUCGGAGCGUCGCUCGAUGACAGCGCGGUCGGACUGAGCGUAUGCUCGAAGGACAACGGCUCCAACAGUGGCUACCUGUCCGAGGGUCACUUCGACUACCAUCCCGUGUCGAACACGAACCCCAACCUCGAGCGGAGCAAGCUGAUGCGCAAGAGCUUCCACGGCAGUGGCCGCUCGCUUUCCAUCCCGAAGGUACCACCACCGCCCCCGGUGCGUCUCGGAUCGGCACUCACCACGCAUCAGCAGCAACAGCAGCAACAACAACAGCAGCAGCAACAGCAGGUAGCAGCAGCCAUCCCCAUCAUGUCGAUGCAGCAACAGCAACAGCAACACCUGCAGCAACAGCUGCCCCUGAACGGUGUCAACCUGCGCCAUCUCGAGUACGUGACGGAGUCGGCGUCGACGCUCCCGCCGAGCGGCCUCAAGCCGUUCCACGAGGCGAGCGUGUCCAACAUCUCGACGAUGAGCUCCAACACGAGCAUGAGCGAGGACUCGUGCCAGACGAUCAUCACCACCUGCGCCGUGGUGCAUCAAGAGCAGUCGCCGGUGAAACCGCAGGAUACGCAUCCACCGCAUCAACACCAACAGCAGCAGCAGCAAACACCGUCGACGCUGCUAGAGCUACCGCCCUAUCCGAGCCCUCCCUCGACGACGUGCCAUUCGCGGCAGGCCAGCGAAGAGUUUCCGCCUCCGCCACCCGCCAUCGACUUCGAGCCGCUCAACGAGCAGCUCAGCGAGAUACAGAGCCUGCAAGCGGCGGCGGUAACCUCCAACCAGCAGCAGCAGCAGCACCGAACGCACGGUGGAGUGCAGAACACCACCAGCAUUCUGGCGCAGCUGCAGGCCAAACAGCUGCAACAGCAGCAGCAACAGCAGCAGCAUCUGCAGCAACAAUACUCAUCCGCGGGCAACAACCCGAUCAGUGCGAGUGAGAUCCUCAACGAGACGACGCGCUCGGAGAUCUGGCUGAAGGAGCUCCAGCUGAAGCAGCUCACGCUCAAGCAUCAGCAGCAGUGCCGCGAGGUGGCAGCCGCCACGCAACAGCAACAACACCAGCAACAGCAGCAGGGGCAACAGCAGCAGCUGGGGGCGACGUCUGCUGGCGCGGGUGGAGAUCAGCGCAGUGUGCGCGAUCUGGCGUCGCGCUUCGAGCAGAUCAAGCUGCAACCGUCGAACGUGCGGACGGGCAUGAGUGGCCUCCUGCUCAUCGACCAGCAGCGGGAGCAGAAGGGUAACCUGAUGGCUUCGCGUACGGCGGCCGUAGCGCCCUCGCCACCGCUUCCACCAGCCGGCGAGCUGAGCCUCGGCUCGGGCGGUGCGGAGGGCGGCGACGGUGUGGAUGAGGUCGACUGCCCGAUGGUCUACCACCGGCAGCUGCAGCUCCCGAAGCCACGCUACGACAUCGCGCAGAGCAAAAUCCAGGAGGAGAUCCGCGAGGUCGAGAUGCUGAACCAGGUCGUGCAGCAAACGCUCAACAGUGGUGCGGCGGGGAAGACAACAGCGACAGCGACGUCGGCCCCACCCGCGACGGUCGCCCAGAGCCGGCCAAAGAAGAAGAGCGUCUCGUUCUGCGAUCAGGUGAUCCUGGUGGCGACGGCCGACGAGGAUGAGGACGAUGGGUUUAUCCCCAACCCGAUCCUGGAGCGCGUGCUGCGGACGGCUGGCGAGCAGGCAGUGGAGCAGCAACCCGCCACCUCAAGCCCUACAGGUGCUGGCAGCAACGGUGCAGCCCUACCUGCGACGACUCCCACACCAACGACAACGGCGACGACGAUGCUGAUGAUGAUGCAGCAUGAGCGGAUGCCUACGCUUUCCACCAGCAUCACCUACCAUCCGAUCAAGACGGCGUCCCCGACGCAACAGCUGCAGCCUCAGCCGCAGCCGCAGCCGAACCCUGCGCAACCCGCUGCCGGUCCCGUCUACUCGCUGGCGGCUGAUAUGCACAAGCAGAACCUCGAGAUUCAGCGACAGCUGCAGCAGCAACACCAGCAGUACUACGGUGCUCUUCAGCAGGCUGUGCCGAAUGUGGAGGUGGCGCACUAUCAGCUUCACCAGCAACAGCAGCAACAGCAGCAACAGCAACAACAGCAGUACACGACCAUCCCCUCGAACGCGAUCAGCUACAAGGCACACCAUCAGCUGUAUGGGCAGCAGGUGAUGACGAACACGCACCCGCAGCGGACGACGCUCUACACGAACGACUCGGGCAGCGAGCUGAGCUACGAUGGGCGCAGCACCAGCACCACCACGGCCGAGUCGGUGUCACCGUACAUGUCCGUGCCGCACCCGCUCGACCACCAUCCGGCGCACCACCCUUCGCACCAGCCACCCUUCCAGCCGAUGGCCCCGACCGGCGGCUAUCAGACGGUCUCGGCGUCACCCACGACCAUCACCGGCUCGAGCUCGGUCGGGCCGGCGCUUCCGCUUGGUCUGCGCCAGAACCUGGCCACCAUGGUGGUGGGACCGCAGGCCGGCUCCCCGACGCUCCGGACCGCCGUGUCGAACACAGCGAACACCGGCGUCGUCUACCAGAAGCCACCUGUCAUCCCCUCACUAGCCGCCUACCAGCAACAACAGCAACAACAACAGCAACAGCCGCCUCAGCAGCAGUACAACAUGGCGGGUUUGGCCUACUCCCAGCAGCAGAGUAACGCCUCGGCCUCGCCGUACCAGCGCGUGCCGAUGCCCACGACCCUCGCCGGUUACGACCUGCUACCAUCCUCUCCCUACCAUGACCUUCCCUUCCCUCUAGCAACGUCGGCGGGUGCUCACCCUCAGCAACAACAAGCGACCGCCACCUCGCAGAAACCACCGACCCAGAAGAAGGUGAGCUUCGAGCCGGGCACGAAAGGCGGCGGACCCGACACCGGUGCACCCUCCUCACCCUCACCCUCCGCCAGCUCCCAGCAACAUCAGCAGCAGCAGCAACAGCAACGUCUGCACUUCCACCACGAGCCACUACACGGCGGCUCUGAGUCGCAGGAGCAGCAGAACGUGGUCGGGCUGCCCGGGGCAAAUGGGCGCCUCUUUCACCCGCUGCUGGGCGGCCCACCGAACGGCGGUCUCAUCAUGAAGGGACAACCCCAGGGCGCCACCACCAACAAGCUCGUCCCGUGCCAGAUGUGCCGCAAGAAGCACUGCCUCCUGCCCGCGAUCUACUGCGCCGACUGCGAGUCCAGUCUCGCCCACUUUGCCGUCGGUGCGCCAGUCCGCCGAUAG